GCAGCCUCAUCUGGUUUCUCAGAGGUUCCAGACACCAUGUUCACUGCUACAUGGUUCAGGAUUAUUCAUAGAGAGGGAGCUAACGCAGAAAGAUGGACUUUAGACAAAUGAGGCAUUAAAACAACUCAACUCAUCAGACUGGACAAACCACUUGAGUGGACCUUGGAGCACGAAAAGAAGGAAAGUGGAAUUGUUCCAUUAUGGCAGUCCCAAAUGACAGCUUGAGUUUUAACUCCACCAUCUCUCCUUGUACGAGCAAAAACAGUGAGAAUGCGUCUGUUUGCACCGACUGGCCACCGGUACCCAUGACCACCAUCAUCCCCUCCAUCUACAGCAUUAUCUGCGUACUGGGCAUCGUUGCCAACACACUGGCCGUGUCCGUGUUGGCCCACACAAGCGCCUCGAGGAGAACUGUGGCCAACACCUUCAUGCUGAACCUUUGCGUGUCGGACCUUUUGUUCCUGCUGUCCCUCCCACUCUGGGCUGUUUACUACUCGCAAGGGUACAGCUGGCUCUUCGGAAAAGUAGCCUGCAAGAUCUCCGGAGGUCUUCAUAAUCUCAACCUGUAUGCCUCCAUAUUCUUCAUCACCUGCAUGAGCGUGGACAGGUACCUUGCUCUGGUGCACCCACUGCGCUCUCAGAGUGUUCGAGACCUGAAACGUGCUAAGCUCAUGUGCAUCCUGGUGUGGGUUCUGGCACUGGCUUGCACAGCGCCAACCAUAGCUUUGAGGGACACGCACUACAUCGAGGAGUACGACGUGGAAGCUUGUGUGAUUAUCUAUCCGGAUCUCACCUGGUAUCGCGGCCUAGCCUGGAUGAAAAUACUUCUGGGCUUUUUGCUGCCAAUGAUCAUCAUCUCUUGUUGCUACUGCGCCAUUGGCAGACACUUCUUGGCUAGCCCUGGACUCAUAAGCCUGCGGAGACCACCACACUCUGGCAGCGCAUUUAAAUCCUCAAGAUCACAGGACAGCUGCGGUAAACCAGAGCGACCCUCGACCACAUGUGUGAACCCCAGCUCCAGUGGAAGCAAACCCAUGGAGGGAAGGGGGCUGGAAAGGGUCUUAUGGACUGUGGCUGCUGUUGUCUUGGCCUUCUUCCUCUGCUGGUUCCCCUUCCAUUGUGUGACCUUUAUUGACAUACUGAAGAGUUACAACUGGUUGGACAGUUGCUGGGCACAAUGGGCUGUCCAGAAUCUCACACCGCUCAGCCUCUGCUUGGGCUUCUCCAACUCUGCCAUCAACCCUGUGCUGUACUGCUUCAUCGGGAACCAUUUCCGGGGCCGACUGGGCGCCCUCAGUAAGGGUCUGUGCGUACGUUUGAAGGCACGUGAGGAGGAUCACAGUCAAAAGAGGGGCUCUUUCAGCACUAGGCUCAGUUCUUUCUCCCGAAAACUCAGUGACUUGAAAGAUCUGGCAAUUGUUGAAGCCUCUGCACAUGCUUAGGUGACUGACGAACUAACCACACGGGGUUGAUGCAGGAAUAGUAAGGGGGGGAAAAUACUGUCACCUGAAGAUUGAGACUGGUUUUGCAAUUGCCAACUGAUUUUUCAAAGCAAUGGAGAUCGUAUCUUUUGCUGUUUUUGAAAUACAAUUGCAAAGUUGUUACUGAACACAAACUUAGUCUACAUUUUUCUCCAUCCUUCAUGCAGUGUGUGAAUAGAAGGUCACCAGACUUCCGUAGAGUCCAUUGUAGAACAUGAUAAGUUGAUGCAGCAUGUUUUUUCCCCAAUAUGACUUCUCUGCACAUCCUUAAUAAUAAGAAGAACCGAUCUAUGUUCGGUUGUUGUUCCUUUAGGUAUCCUCCAUGAAUGCACUGAAAGGAUUCAGAUGGUAAAGUAAAGCACCACCUUUGGAAUGUCAUAUUAACCUGUGUUAGCUUGUUUUUUCGGGGUCAAGUUUGUAUCAGCUAUGCAUGCUGUUCAAACAAACAUUGCAGUAGCCUACAGUAAAGACCAACGGCAAUUUAAUUGAUUUUAUUUACAUCUUAAUCCUGCGAUUACGUGUGUUUUCCUGGUUCUCUGAUUUCCUUAGUCCAUUAUGACCACUCACACAAAUGAACGGGAUUUAGCAUGAGUAACACACAUACAGUGAAUAAAAAAGUAAAAGGAUAAACAGGGAUUAUGUUUUAAUGUAAAGUACAUUGUGAUACACUAUGGCCACAUGCACAGCCCGAGUGCCAAGACAACUGCAUAUUCUGCUUCAGCAAAGAUAUAACAGCUCAGUUUUUAUUGACACUGUCAGAGGUAUUAAUUUAACGACAUGUUUAUUAGGUUGUAAACCUGCACUUCACCACACUGAAGGCUGUCUAAUAUUAUGACUAUAUACGAUCUUUCCUUUCCUUUCAACUAAUGCCAUCUCACAAGAUAACAAAAGGUGAGGUUUAAAAUGUUUUGAUUUGGUUUGCUCAACUUUAGGUUGUACAGUGUACAGUCGAAUGGGAACUUCUAGGUCAUGUUUGAAGUUACCACAAUUUGUAUACCCUCCAAAUUAUACAUCGGUAAUAAUAUCACUGAUAUGAAUUUAAGGGAUGGGGGGGGGUUGUAAUAUAAAGCGGCAAAUACAUUUGAAAAUAGAUACUUAUGUAUGUUCCAGUCAGGAUAUAUCCAGCCAACAAAUACCCACUUGAUGUCAAAAUCUGACUCGGGUAUAAUUUUCUUUGGAGUAAGUUCACUAAGUGUGAUUAAAAUGUAUUGUUUCACUUUUUAGAACGUAAGGCACUUAAAACAUUUAUUAGACCGGGAGCCAGAGAAAGGUUUAUGCCUCAGUUGUCGUAAAUUAUCAGUGUUGGUAUUUACCACAAUCAUGGUUUAUGGUUGUAUAAUGGCUAUUACGCUUGUUUGUAGAUCCUAAUCAUAAUUAAAAUGCUACAACAUAA